AUGUUCGCAAUGAAACGAGCAGACGUCGUGCAGCUCCGCCAGCGGCUAGGAGAGGACACAAUCAAAUGGAGCAACAUAACUACGUUCAAUUCGCCCACAGGCAACGCUAGGCUCGAAACUACACAGAAGCCUGCGCCGAAAUCUAAACAAAAGGGUUUAUCAAAGCCAACUAUGAGCAAGAAGAAGCCCUUGCGGAAGCAAGAUGCUGAAAAUGUUCUUGACCUGAAAACCGAGAGCAAUAAAAGGACGAAGCUCACGAAUCCAGACAGCCAACGUAAAGAAGCCAGACAAAAGGCGCGCUCGUGUGUCGGUCGCGUUGACAGGAGGCAGCGCAGCGUCACAGUCAGACAGGCCCGACCUAUCAAGCGACCGUCCUCAUCAGUUGCUCAACUAUCACCUCAGAGGAUGACCCUGAAUUCAAUCUUGGACUCUAUUGAAGUCGCCGGCACAGACGCCGUUCUUCCUGAGAGGACCGGGAUGUGGAAUGUUUGCUGGCUUCCGCAUGGUAUGCCAGUGCAGACGAUCCUCAGUGGACUGAGCUACCACUGA